AAUUAAAGUUUGAACGAAGUUAACAAAAAGUCUUAAUUUUUUUCAAAUUUCCCCCUUUAUUCACUGUGAAGUAUAAGGCCAAAAGGUAUACUCUAAUUUCAUCAAUACAUUUCUGCCGAUCGCUCAAACUAACCAAAUCCAUUCACUCAACAACAAUGGGUCUUAAGGAAGAUUUUGAUCUAUAUGCUGAGAAGGUCAAAUCCUUACCUACUGCUACUAAUGAGGAUUUGCUCAUUCUUUAUGGGUUAUUUAAGCAGGCCACUGUUGGAAAUGUGAACACCGACCGCCCUGGCUUGUUUGAUCCAAAGGGAAAGGCAAAAUGGGACGCAUGGAAGGGAAACGAAGGGAAAAGCCAAGAUGAUGCCAUGAGUGAUUACAUCACAAAGGCCAAGCAAUUGUUGGAGGCUGCUGGUCUUCCUGCCUAAUGCUCGAUCGUGCUGUAAUAGUAUUCGCUCCAAUCUCGUUGUGUCUUCCUAAAUUAAUCAAAAUUUACUACUGUACUUUAAUUAGCUAUGAUGAUGGAGCUGUUUGUGAACCUUAAGUUAUGAUUGAGGGCCAUGAAAUUUAUGCCAUACUUCUAUUUGCCAUAA